GAGAUGCUUAUGGGUGAGAUAAACUGGUCGGGGCAGGUGUGAAUGUUGCCUCCCCCACAGGAAGGGGUGAGGCGAGGUGCUGGGGGCCAGGGCCUGCACUCCGCUGACUCCCGGCACCAUGGAGGCCCCCUCGUCCCUGCUGCUGCUGCUGUUGCUGCCGGCCCUGGGGUCCCUGAGGGCAGGAGGCAACGCGUCUGAGACCCGCAUCAUCGGGGGUCGUGAGGCAGCUCCCCACUCCCGCCCGUACAUGGUCUCGCUGCAGCAGGCGGGCACCCACCUGUGUGGGGGUGUCCUCGUGCACCCGAAGUGGGUGUUGACAGCUGCCCACUGCCUGAUCCAGCCGAUGGCGCGGCUGAGGCUGGUGCUCGGGCUCCACGCGCUCGGACAGCCCGGCCUCACCGGCCGCAUCAGGACGGUGGUCCGGCACCCCGACUACCAGCCGCCGCCCCAUCUUCGGAACGACCUCGCGCUGCUCCAGCUGGACGGGAAGGUGAGGCGCAGCAAGACCAUCCAGCCCCUGGCCUUGCCCCGAGGGCGCCACGUGGUGGCAGCCGGGGCUCAGUGCAGCUUGGCCGGCUGGGGGCUGACCCAGCAGGGUGGGCAUCUGGCCCGGGCGCUGCGGGAGCUGGACCUGCGUGUGCUGGACGCCCGGAUGUGCAACAACAGUCGCUUCUGGGACGGUAACGUCACCCCCUGGAUGCUCUGCCUGCAGGCCCCCGCCAAGGACCAGGCCCCCUGCAAGGGGGACUCGGGCGGGCCCGUGGUGUGCAAGGGCCGGGUGGCAGGGAUCCUGUCCUUCAGCUCCAAGGCCUGCACGGACGUCUUCAAACCUCCGGUGGCCACCGCCGUGGCCCCCUACAUGCCCUGGAUCCGGAAGGUCCUCAGCCGCCAUCGGUCCCCGCCGCAGGCCUGAUGCAC